GUUGGAGUGCAAACAAAAGAUUGAUUGGAAGUUAGGGGGAGAGAGAGAGAGCGAUUUAUUGGUUGAAAUCUGAAAGCGCAUACACUGCACGUCUCUCCUUUCCCUCCCAGGAGGCUCCCUCUUGACUAUAUUUUAUUAAUUUAUUUGUUCGGUGUUUGGGGGGGCUGGCUUGGGGGUCUCUUUGUAUAUUUUCUUCUUUCAGUUUGCUUGCGUUACGUUUUCUGAACGAUUACCGUUUCAAACUGACCCCACCCAAUUCAAAUCAAAUACCCAUUUAAGCAGAGGACGAGGAAGUGCCGAAUUGGAUAAUACAAGCAGCAUUUGUUUUGUUUCUGAAAUUCUUGUUGUUGUUGUUGGGUGAGUGAUCUUUCAUAGAAAGAAAAAAACCAAAAAAAAAAAAAAAAAAAAGGUAUAUGCAGAUCAGAAGGAAAGAGGAGGAGGAGGAGAAGAAUAGGAAGAUUGGAGAAGAAAGCAAAAGAAGGAACAUAGAGAAGGGAAUGCAACUGGGCAAAUACGAGCUGGGAAGGACUCUUGGCGAAGGCAACUUUGGGAAGGUCAAGCUCGCUAAAGACGUUGGAUCUGGCCAGCUUUUUGCUGUUAAGAUCCUUGAGAAGAACAAAAUCAUCGACCUCAAGAUCACCGAUCAGAUAAAGAGGGAGAUAGCCACUCUGAAGCUCCUCAAACAUCCAAACGUGGUCAGGUUGUAUGAGGUUUUGGCAAGCAAAACUAAGAUUUACAUGGUCUUAGAGUACGUGACUGGAGGAGAAUUGUUUGAUAGAAUUGCAUCUAAGGGGAGACUUACAGAGGCUCAGGGCAGGAAGAUCUUCCAACAGUUAAUUGAUGGUGUGAGCUACUGCCAUAAUAAAGGCGUUUUUCAUAGGGAUCUCAAGUUGGAGAACGUUCUUGUUGAUUCUAAAGGGAAUAUAAAGAUUUCUGAUUUUGGUCUCAGCGCUUUACCCCAACAUUUCAGGGAUGAUGGGUUACUGCAUACAACCUGUGGAAGUCCAAACUACGUUGCUCCAGAGGUUCUUGCUAAUAGAGGGUAUGAUGGAGCAACCUCAGAUAUAUGGUCAUGUGGCGUUAUCUUGUACGUAAUUCUUACAGGAUAUCUUCCCUUUGAUGAUCGAAACCUCGCAGUUCUCUAUCAGAAGAUCCUAAAGGGAGAUACUCAGAUGCCAAAAUGGCUAUCUCCUGGUGCACAGAAUAUCCUAAAGAGAAUUCUUGAUCCAAACCCUGUUACUCGGAUAACAAUGGCGGGUAUCAAAUCAGAUGAAUGGUUUAUACAAGGUUAUGUUCCUGCAAACCCUGAUGAUGAAGAAGAAAAUAUACACAUAGACGAUGAAGCUUUCUCAAUACAUGAAGUACCGUCAUCACAAGCGGAUAAAAGUCCAGAAUCGCCAGCUCAUAUUAAUGCUUUUCAGUUGAUUGGAAUGUCAUCGUUCCUAGACCUCUCUGGCUUCUUUGAGAAAGAGGAUGUCUCGGAGAGGAAGAUCAGAUUUACAUCUAAUUAUUCGGCAAAAGAUUUGCUUGAAAAGAUUGAGGGUAUUGUAACAGAGAUGGGUUUUAGUGUCCAAAAGAAAAACGGAAAGUUGAAAGUAACGCAAGAGCACAAAGAAGGCAAGGCACAGAAGGGUAGCCUCUUAGUUGCAGCAGAGUUGUUUGAGAUCAGUCCGUCCUUGUAUGUAGUCGAAUUAAGAAAAUCAUAUGGAGAUGCUUCAGUGUAUAGACAGUUGUGUAAAAAGCUAUCAAAUGAUUUGGGUCUUCCCUCGAGUACUCAAGAACUCUUGACUACAGAAGCGUGAAGGAUGAAUGUAGAAAAUGAUGAUAUUUCUGUAAAUAUAUAUAUUUUUUAUUUCCUAGAUAAAGAUGGAAUUAGGUUUAACAGUUAGUAUAUAAACUUGGGAAAUUAUUAUAAAAUCAAUUUAAAGUUUUUUUUUUUU